GAGACUCCUGUUUUUUUCCAACUUGGUUUGGUAUCACUCGUAUUUCUCUUGAUACUAAUUGACUUAAUUAAUUAUCACCUGUUGGCUUGGGUCCAUCAACUGAACACUAAUUAAUAUGGUGAAUACAGAAUCAGCAAUAAAUUAUAUUUGCGUUGUAAUUGGACAUUUAAGCUUUUAUCUAGGUGGCAAUUAGAGAUUAAUACAUUUUACAACUUAAGUGUUGGUCACUUUCAUUGAUGCUGGUGACUCGAUUAAUCUAUUGAGAUCAGUGUCCAAGCUGUUUGAUUUGUUAGUAUAUAAGGACAUCGGAUGGCUAAGUCUAUCACUAUUUGCCAUCAACCAUCAGCAUGGCAAAUGCACAGAUUCAGGUGAAAUGUCUUCGCAACAAGUUUGGUAGACAGAACUUCGCCUACAAUGGAUUCAUUUACCGUGUGAAGAACAACAGAGCAGAGCGCACCUACUGGAGAUGGUACCGUACAAAACUGCCCAGCCACAAUGUGUACCCGCAACAACAUCCCUUCUGGAAGUGGCCGUCAUCCCCACCACGACUCACAGGACCAUGCCAAGAUCGUCGCCCAGGAGAUCAUGGAGACGAUCCGUACCCGCUGCGUGGAGGAGGUAAAGCCCAUACCGAGGAUCUACGAUGAAGAGGUUACCAAGCUACGCAACAACAAUUGGAACAACGACACACUGUCCACUGUCCAACAACUUCCCACAUUCCAGUCCAGCAAGAAGUCACUUUAUAGCACCAGACGUACCCAGACUCCUCAAGACGAUCCAGGGCAUCAACCUCGAGGGAGAGUGGACACAGACAACUGCCGGGGAAGAAUUCCUUCUACUUGAUGAUGGUGACCAAUCCAGAAUUAUAGCCUUUGCGACAUCAGACAACCUGACUGACCUCUGCAACGCCGACACCCUCUUCUGUGAUGGAACUUUCUACACCUGCCCGACCAAGUUUCACCAGAUCUACACCAUCCAUGCCAAGAUAGAAGACCAGAUGUACCCAUUCGUAUACAGUCUACUACCCAACAAGACACACGCCACGUAUGAACGACUUUUCACGUUACUCAAGACCAAGAUGACAGAACUCAACCUCCAACUCAACCCCACUACUGUUUUUCUAGACUUCGAGACUGCCGCACAGAACGCCAUCCGCAUUAUCUUCCCAGCUGUGAUACUGAAGGGGUAUUUUUUUCAUAUGCCGACAAUGACGACGUCAGACUACUGGUACGAAGAGCCGCUGUACUACCCCUUGUUCCUUUGGACCGUAUAGAAGAUGUUUGGUUCAACGCACUGGAGGACCUAGAAGAUGCUGACGUACCACAGGACACUACUACAUUCACAGAUUACAUCGUCACACAGUGGAUAGAACGCAACCAACAACUCUGGAACCACUAUGAGACCGAGGGCCCAAGGACAACCAACCACAUUGAAGGAUGGCACAGCAAACUAAAGAAGAAAGUAGAACACUCACACCCAAACAUCUUCAGCAUCAUUCGUGUUUUCCAGGAGAUCCA